CCGGUGAAGAGAAAAACCAUCAUAAGGAGCUCAACAUGGCAGCGACAGGACACGGGUCUCCCAUCGGAGUUAGUCAGAACUGCUGUGAUGGAUCUCCCACCGGGGUUUCACAGGUCGACUGUGACAGCAAAACAAGCAAUGUUGAAGACCAGGCGGCAGCACAACAAGUCAACUUGAAUAACGCUGGUGAGAAACCCUACAUGUGUGAGGAGUGUGGGUACAGGGCAGCUUACAAGUCUGACUUAUCCAUACAUAUGAGAACCCACACCGGUCAGAAACCCUACAUGUGUGGGGAAUGUGGAUACAGGACGGCUGACAGAUCCAGCUUAUCCCGACAUAUGAGAACCCAUACAGGAGAAAAACCCUACCAGUGUGGCCAGUGUGACUAUUCUGCAGCAUGGAAAUAUGCUUUGAACCAACAUCUGGCAAUGCAUGCUGGUGAGAAACCCUACAUGUGUGAGGAGUGUGGGUACAGGGCAACUCAGAAGUCUCACUUAGCCCAACACAUGAGAACCCAUACAGGAGAAAAACCCUACAAGUGUGACCAGUGUGACUAUUCUGCAGCACAGAAAGACACCUUAGAUAAUCAUAAAGCAACACACACUGGUGAGAAACCCUAUAAGUGUGACCAGUGCGACUAUUCUGCAGCACGGAAAAGUAAUUUGAAAGCACAUUUAGCAACACACACUGGUGAGAAAGCCUACAUGUGUGAGGAGUGUGGAUACAGGACAGUUGAGAAGUCUCACUUAUCCCGACAUAUGCGAGCCCAUACAGGAGAAAAACCCUACAAGUGUGACCAGUGUGACUAUUCUGCUGCAAAAAAAUCCACUUUGAACCAACAUCUAACAAAACACACUGGUGACAAACCAUACAUGUGUGGAGAGUGUGGAUACAGGACAACUCAAAAGGAUUACAUAGUAAACCAUAUGAGGACCCAUACAGGAGAAAAACCCUACAAAUGUGACCAGUGCGAAUAUUCUGCAGCACAUAAAUCCAGUUUGGACGUUCAUCUAGCAAAACACACCGGUGAGAAACCCUACAUGUGUGGGGAGUGUAGAUACAGGACAGCUGUGAGGUCCAACUUAUCCCGACACAUGAAAUCUCACACAGGAGAAAAACCCUACAAGUGUGACCAGUGUAGCUAUUCUGCUGCACAGAAAGUUAACUUGAUCCGACAUCAAUUUAAACACACUGGUGAGAAACCCUACAUGUGUGGGGAAUGUGGGUACAGGACGACUGAGAAGUCUACCUUAUCCUUACAUAUGAGAACCCAUACAGGAGAAAAACCCUACAAGUGUGACCAGUGCGACUAUUCUGCAUCUCGGAAAAACAUCAUAGAUAACCAUAAAGCCACGCAUAUUGAUGAAAACUCUUACAUGUGUAAGAAGUGUGAUUACCAGACAACUACAAAGUUCAACAUAUCACAGCACAUGAAAACUCAUAAAGGUGAAAAACCUACAAGUGUAAUCAGUGUGACUACUCUACUGGACGAAAAUCCACUUUAGAUAACCACAAAGCAGCACACACCGGUGAGAAGCCCUACUUUUCUGGGGAGUGUGGGUACGGGGCAACUCAAAAGUCUACAUUAUCCGACACUGGAGAACCCAUACAGGAGACAAAUGUGACCAGUAAUUGUACAGCUAUUCUGCAGCCCCUAAGUCUGCCCUAUCUCGACAUAUGAAAAUUUACAUAGCCCCAGGGCACCAACGUUGGAACUGUGACCAUCUCGCUGUCAUAUUUAGUUCGCAUAUUCCUCUCUUAGCUAUAGUCUCUCUAUACCAAAACCAAGCUUAGGGAUAUAUCACCUUAAUGUUCAAACACAAUUAGGUUAAAUAUUCUAUAAGAAUUUAUUAUUCAUGUAUUUAGAAAUAGUAGUACAUAUAUCUAGAAGAUACCAUACUUUUGUCCACUUUAUUUCUUAUUAAUGUAAAACAACAGUACAGCACAAGAAUAUUCUUAGUUUAGGUAAAUAAUAGUAGGCCAUAUACGUUGUUCUAGUAUUCAUAAUUUUGAACAAAAAGUCAACCUUCUAUAGCUAUCUAGGAUUGUACUGGAACAACAUUAAACUUGAUGGUUUGGACUGUAUAAUGUUCAUAUAUACAUAAUCAGUAAUUAAUAUCAUUUGGGAAGUGAUUUUACACAGUAGUUGAAAAGUACACGUUAUUGUUGAGUUUUCAUAAGAAUGUACGAACUUUGCGCAUAAGGUAUAAGGAAUGUACGAACGAUUUUUGUAGUUUAC